AUGACGACGCCGAGCGCGACGAUGGUCGUCGCACAGGGCUCAGCUUCCGCUGUGACUAGCAUCUGCAGUUAUACUGUCUGGACAACCACGCUGCCACCAUCGGGGGACGCACACAUCGUCUACCCGCCCGGCGCCGUGGCGUACCAGCAGCAGAACCACCCAAUCCCGCCGGCGAACUUCUUUCUCUACCACUGGUACGUUGGCAUCAUCCUCAUCCUGUGCGCCGUCUGUGGCUUCUACAUCUUACUGGCGCUGUGGGUCAUUCACCGCUUUGACUUUUACGCGCAGCAUCAGGCGAAGAAGGUGGUGGGGGCGUCGUACGCCACGAAGGGCCACUUCAACCUCGACGGCGAGGAUGCCCAUGGUGCGCCGCUCCCGACGACAGCGCUUGCCGGGGCGCGCGCGGCAAGGUCGCGUCGUCCCUCGCUUAGCUUUGCGCACGCCUCCUCGUACAGCGAUGACAGCUACGACGGCGAGAGUCUAUCGUCGCCGUUGGAGGUGGACGACGGCGUCAUCGAGAUGAACCCUCUGCAGCGCUAA